UUCCUAUGCUUCUAUGAUAGGACAAGCCAUAAUGACAUCACCAGAGAAAAAACUUGCACUAGCUGAGAUAUAUUCCUGGAUAUCGAAAACCUAUCCUUAUUACAGGAUGAAUGAUAUUGGUUGGAAGAAUUCUAUACGCCAUAAUCUAUCAUUAUAUUCGGCUUUUAUAAGAGUUCCUAAUGAAGGUGCAACGAGAUCUCUUUGGAUGAUCAACCCUGAAGAAGAACAAUGUUUCGUUAAUGGUGUUUACCAUUACUCAAAAAGGCCACCAGGUAGCAACAGGAACUUGAGAAGAAAACCUAAAAACACAUCGACAAAGUUAAGUGUUGACAAUGAAAAUUUGAAUAGCGUUGUACAAGCUACUAGUACUACUGCGAAUGAUACCAUUAUGCCGACGGCAGCAUCUGGUACGAUGAAUCCAGUUAAAUAUUUCACAAAUCAGUAUAAUAUUCAAUCGUAUAAAUUUCCUAAAGAAGUUUUAUCUGAUACGUCAGAUUAAUGUCUUCAGUGUGUCGUAUGCAAGUUUUCUUUGUAAAAUAAUCGG